GCCAGAGGUCCGGAGAGGGGAGGGGAACCGUCUAGUUUCCGGUUUUGGGCUGGAAUUGACACACAAUGAGGAGUCGGGAACGGCCGCUCGAAAUCCUGCUGUAAAUAAACGGGACCCGGCGAACUAUGGAGAAUCAGUGUACGGUUCAGGUAAAGCUUGAGUUGGGUCACAGGGCCCAGCUGAGGAAGAAGGUGACGUCCGAAGGCUUUACUCACGACUGGAUGGUGUUUGUUCGAGGACCUGAGAACAGCGACAUUCAGCACUUUGUGGAUAAAGUUGUCUUCCGGCUGCACGAGAGCUUUCCUAAACCCAAGAGGGUGUGUAAGGAGCCCCCAUAUAAGGUUGAGGAGUCUGGUUAUGCCGGCUUUCUGAUGCCAAUAGAAGUCUACUUCAAAAACAAGGAGGAGCCGAAGAAGGUGUGCUUUAAUUAUGACCUCUUCCUUAACCUGGAGGGCAACCCACCUGUCAAUCACCUGCGCUGUGAAAAACUCACCUUUAAUAAUCCCACCCGUGAUUUCCGUCGCAAGCUUGUAAAGGCCGGAGGGAUCAUGGUGGUCCCAGAAGGGGGAGAGGUGGUCCCGAGACCCAGUCCUGAUUACCCCAUUCUUCCAACCAUCCCUCUAUCUGCCUUCUCCGACCCCAAAAAGAGCAAAACUUCACAGGGAUCAAAGGAGCCUAGUAAAGAGGGAAGCAAAGUGUCCAAAUCGCACAAAAUGGCCAAGGAGCACCGAGAACGGCCGAGAAAAGACUCUGAGAGCAAAGCAACGUCCAAGGGUGACGCUGAACGGGAAGGCGGCAGCAAGAGUAGCCGUGACCCUUCCUCCUCUUCGUCCAAGAAGCCGGAUAUCAAAGUGAAAGAUGAGAACAAAGUUGUGCCCAAAGCUGCUUUCAAGGAGCCCAAGCUCACGUUGAAGGAAUCCAAAAUGGAAGGCAUGUCUCCAAAAGGAGUGGGGGCGGGGUCAGCGGGCGGCGGAGGGGGAGGCGGGACGGUUGACGGAAAAGCCCCUAGCAAACGACCUUCCAAUGCAGAGUCACCCAAACCUAGCGUGAAGAAGCCAAAGAAGGGGGGCUCCGAGGGGUCAAAAGUCUCCGGGAGCGGAGCGUUCACAGGCACUUCCCCCCGGACAGCGUUGUCCUCCACGACGACUACUGGCUAUGGGGAUAAGAAGGCUUCUAAAGAGAAGGGCCGCUGGGCCAAGAGCAAGUCAGAUACCCAAGAGGUCAAAGAGGCCAAGAAACCUCCAGAAUCCGAUGACACCAACUCUGAAGAUGAGGCUUCAUCCAAAUCUGAGCACUCGGCACCUUCUAGUCCGUCUGACUCCACCUCCAGCUCAGAGUCCAGCUCAGAUUCAGACUUUGAGCCACAGCAGAAACAAGGCCAGGGUCCCCUGCGCUCAAUGGUGGCGGAUCUCCAGUCAGAAGAGUCUGAUGAUGAUGAUAGCAGCUCAGACGAAGAGACGCCAGUCAAAAAUAACCUGCCCAAUCGGGACUCCAGGCUGAGUCUAGACAGCGAGAGUGACUGCAGUGACGGGCCGCAGCGUCCCAGUCGAGAUCCGCCUCCUCAACCACAAAAACACACCUCCAACAACAACAACAGCAAGGUGUCGGGAAGAAAGAGUCCGGACUCAUGUUUGCGUCAGGAAAAGGUUCUGAAAAAGGGAUACGACAAGGUAGGAAGGGCGUACACUGAAGAGCUAGUAGAUCUUCACCGCAGACUUAUGGCAUUAAGGGAGCGUAAUGUUUUGCAACAGAUCGUGAACCUCAUUGAGGAGACGGGACACUUUAAUGUCACCAACACAACUUUUGACUUUGACCUUUUCUCUUUGGACGAGUCGACUGUCCGUAAACUACAGAGCUACUUGGAGGCUACCGCCACAUGACAGGAGGUCCAUCACGGUUCGGGGUGGGGGGUACUAAAAGAGAAAAAAUAUGAACAGAAAAUGGGAAACAAAGCAUGACAUCACAGAUUACUAAAGAAGAGGAACGCAGGAAGAGUGAAAGGUGUCGAUGCACGGGAACGGCUAUGUGACGUCUUCAGCUGCUAGCUGGCACUACAGGCUUCCCAGGCACAAGCAUCUCAUUGGUUUUUCCGUCUUAGGAACUCUCUACUCCUCUCUUCUUCAUUAUUUUCAUCUCAAUAUCCUGAAAGUUGUCUGCUUGAACUGGGGGAACGUCUCUGUAGCCAUACGCACUGAGGGCCACAACCUUUUAUAUUUUAUUUUUCUACCAAUGUUUUUCAAGGUAUUUUUGAGUGUGCCCGGAAAGAAAGCCCCGCACGCCGUGAAUGUAUCGCUUUUGAUCCUCUAGGGCUAGUCUUAGUGCCUUUAUCAUCUCAUUCGUGCUCUUAGGAAUUGCAGCAGUGUUAUCUUUCACAUUCUUCUGUAUGUGCGGGACGCCGGAUAUUUUUCCAGAAUAUUUCCAUUUGAAUGCCAAUGUGUAUCAGUCUUCAUUUACGUGUUUGCCAAACGGGCCUUAGAACUAAAUGUUGUGCUUUGCUAGUGCAGCUUGUGAAAGUAUUUGGAAAUCUGUGUUGAUUCAUGUGUUUUCUGUUUAUACAUGGACCUAAAAGAGACAGAACGAAAGCAAAAGAUGGGCGUGAGGAGCUCGGGCUGUGAUGUCGGUAAUAGGAAAUGGCCCCUGAAACGGCAGUCUGUAAAUUCACUGUGCUUCUGAUACAAACUCUCACUUUCUCUCAGACUUUGACUAUCAUCUCGACUCCACUCGAUUUCGUCUCGAUGCCCUCGUGCGUUCAUUCUUAUGCUAAUAGCUUUAAAGGGCUCGGUGGCCUGAGCUAUAGACCGUAUGCCCUUAACUUCACCCUGUGUGAGUCUGGGAGUGCUGCGUGAGUGUGUAUUGUAGUAAAACACAAACGUUUCGACCCUACGCGAAUCGGCUUUCGAUUAAGAGCUGUGUGUUUUUGUGAGAGGGGAUGAAUUGUGUCUCGUGUGUGAACUUUUAACUCCCAACUCCUAGUUCAUGAACUUUAACCUUUGACCGCAUACUGGUUCGGGUGUCGGCAUGUCAUAAAGGGGCAGGGCAAGAGGCAAAAGAGGGGUGGAGUUAAGUGAACUUGAGUGGCAGCUCUGAAGAAAUGCCCCACUGAGCACACCCUGUUCUUUUUUAUUUGAGGGGUAAAUUUAUUUUUAUUUAUGUACCUCUGCACUUUUGGCUUUGUUGACUCAAGUACUUAAGUAAUUGUCUAAACUGUAUUUUUUAAGAAUUUUAUACAAUAUAUACAUGCAAUAUGAUAUUAAUUUUUUUUUUUUUUUUUUUUCAGUUUUGUGCCAGGUUUUUUAAGGAAAUGUUAGUUUUAGUUUCUCUGUAUCAGCACAUCAUCGUAAACUGUAAGAAAUGACCAUUUGAACUUGAAUCUGUUACUUCAGGCCGACAUAUAAGUCGAUGGCAGGGUGUGUUAUGUGCAGUACACAAGACCUUAUUACCAUUCACUACAAGGGGAAAAAUACAGAUUGCAGAAGAACAAACAUAUGCCAGUUUUGGAGUCUUCAGGACUAAGCAUUGGUUUUUUUUUGUAUUUUACACAGAACAGCAAACGAACACUAAUGGGAGGGACACAUACAUUUCAACAAUAUAACAGAAAUAUAUGUAUAAUACAAAGUGGGAGUCUCAUCUACAAGAGCAAAUACUGAAUCAUUUUCUGAUCCUCAGCUUGCAGGUGCAGAGAACUGUUUUUUUUUUGUCAGUCAGUGGUGUUUUAUUUGUGUUUGCUGUAUUUAUCCGUGGGUUUGGGAAGCUCUGGGAUUUUACAUGUGAUCUGAACAGAAGCGUGUCCUUUAGUACGAUGUGUUAAACUUGGCAUACAGUGCCACCAUGUGGUCAUUCGAUGCAAGUUGUAAUAAGGGCAAAAGAUGUUACUUUUUAUGUUUUUAUUGCAAAAUCAUAUUAUGAAUAAAGUCAUUUGAGUACUGUU